AUGGCCUCCACCUGCAGCACCCCACGCAGUCCGAGUCUGGUCAGCAACCCCUUCAAGUCAACCUCCCCCAAAUCUUCGGCGUGGUUAUCGCUCUUGAAGCGCAGUGGUCAGCAUCUACGCCGGUCGAGCAAAGACAACGGUCAUUCUACGGGCACACGGAGUUUGUCAACCUCCCCGACCGACAAGGCCAGUCCGCCACAACAUGUCGAAAGUGCGCCGCAAUCACCUCAACAGGGCCGCUCGAUGAGCAUCUCGCCGCCACGGACCUUGCCCGUGGUCACGGACCCCCCCGUAUCCAUCUUGAAGAAGAGCAACGCCUUUGAUUUAGACUCGAUCAUCUGGGACGACUCGGUGAGAGAUCGACAAAACAUGAAGUCCUCGGUCGAUCUCGACGAUGCGAUUGCCCGCCUCCUCGCUGCGGGCUCCUCCAAACCCUCCAAGAGCUUCUGUUUGACGAAUGUUGAGAUUGCCGGGAUCUGCUCAUCCGUACGCAACAUCCUCCUCUCACAGCCUAUCUUACUGGAAGUGAACGCUCCCAUUCAAAUUGUCGGCGACUUGCACGGCCAAUUCCCUGACCUCCUACGUCUCUUCGACACCUGUGGCUACCCGCCCACCACCAAUUACCUCUUUCUGGGCGACUACGUGGAUCGCGGCAAGCAGAGUCUCGAAACCAUGAUGAUGUUGCUGUGCUUCAAACUCAAAUAUCCCGAAAACUUCUUCAUCCUCCGAGGCAACCACGAAUGCGCAAACAUCACCCGGAUCUACGGCUUCCACGACGAAUGCAAGCGUCGAUGCAAUAUCAAAGUCUGGAAGACAUUCACCGACGUGUUUAACUGUCUGCCCAUUGCGGCGAUCGUCGCGGAAAAGAUCUUUUGCGUUCACGGAGGCUUAUCCCCUAACCUGACAGACAUGGAUGAUAUCCGCAAGAUCUCGCGGCCCGUCGAAGUCCCCGAGUACGGCCUAUUGAAUGAUCUGCUCUGGAGUGACCCGGCGAAUAUUCGAGACUGGGGUCCGAAUGACGACCGAGGUGUCAGUUGGUGUUUUGGCAAGCAGCCGAUUGUCAAUUUCUUGAAGCAUCACAAUCUCGACCUGGUCUGUCGAUCGCAUAUGGUGGUCGAGGGGGGAUAUGAGUUUUUUGGUAACAAGUCGUUAGUCACGAUAUUUUCCGCUCCAAACUACUGCGGGGAAUUCGACAAUUGUGGCGCCAGCAUGUCCGUCUCGGCGGAUCUGAUGUGCAACUUCAAUUUACUCCGACCGUUUGACCAGAAGAAGGCGGAUCGACAGAUGCGGAAAGCGCGAGAGUCGACCAAGACGGAGAAAGCUUUGUAA